CACACUCAAUCACGACCUUGCGUCUCGAAUAUAUCGCAGUGUGAAUCCCAACACAACACCAUUCAGUUGCGAUCGAGCUUCAGACUUGGUUGGAAGGUUGUUCUCGUGUGCGAUCAGGUGCUUCAGUUGAGCUUUAGAGAUUUUUUUUGCAAGUGAUUUCAAUUAAAGUGUUUUGCGCGACGUCCAGCAUGUCGCGAUUUUUCGCGAUUCUCCUCAUUUUGGGCCUCUCUGGGGGUUGGUGUGAUGCCAAAGGGUAUUACACGAUCGUUGGUUCGAGGAUCUUUCGUGCAAAUUCCCCGUAUCACGUGUCCGUGAGCACGCACGACACGAGUGAGGCUGUCCAGAUGAGGAUCGGUGUGGAGGGAGAGUCCGAGGGUGGAGCGAAAUUUUCCCAAUUCAAAGAUGUCACCCUUGAGCCAGACACCAGUAAAGUUGUCGAGAUUGAUAUUGGCAAAGUUCUACCGGGGCAGUACAACUUGACAGCCGAAGGUCUUUCGGGAUUAAUUUUUAAGAAUUUCACAUCAAUUUCCGCCAACACAAAAACCUUCUCGGCUUACAUUCAAACGGACAAGGCAGUGUACAAGCCUGGCGAUACGAUCAGAUAUCGCGUUUUGUUGCUCGAUGCCAAUCUCAAGCCGGUCGUGCCGAAGGAGAAGAUGCAAAUUUUCAUUCAGGAUGCAAAGCAAAAUAGGAUAAAGCAAUGGUUGGAUGCUCAGCCCGUGAAGGGAGUUUACUCGAAUGAGCUGCAAUUGUCGGAUUUGCCGGUUUUGGGUGAUUGGACGAUUCAGGUGGAAGUUAUGGGGCAGAAGUUUACGAAGAAUGUUGAAGUGGCUGAGUAUGUUCUGCCCAAAUUUGAGGUGACCAUCGAUGCGCCACAAUUUGCAACGUUCAAAGAUGGCAAAUUGAGGUUUACGGUGCGCUCAAAGUACACGUACGGGAAGCCAGUUAAGGGUGAAGCAACAAUUUCCGUCUAUCCGCGCUUCUUUGGCUCCUACCAGCCUUUUGUGCAGGAUUUGAUUUCACGGAAAGUUGCCAAAAUCGACGGGAAGGCGUCGGUUGAAUUUGAUAUUAAGGACGAGCUCAAAUUCAUGGAAGAUUGGCAACGUGAUAUCACCGUUGAGGCAAUUGUGGAGGAAGAAUUGACCAACAGGAAGCAGAAUACGUCGAGAACGGUUACCCUCUAUCGUACACGCUACGAAGUUGAGCUUAUAAAGUCCGCGGAUAAGUUCAAAGCUGGCCUCCCCUUUACGGUUCGUGUUAAGGUUGCCCAUCGCGAUGGGAGUCCCGUAACGGACAAGAACAACCCCGUUUACAUUCGCCAGACAAACAAUUUGCACUCAAGCGAUGGUUUCAAGAGUGAAACAAUAAAUUCAACAGUUUAUCUCGAUGAAAAUGGAAUGGGGAAGAUCAAUGUGGCCAUCCCGACGAAUGUCAGUAACAUCGAUAUGGUGGCUACGUACCUCGAUACCGAAGGCUACCUCGGCUACACCCCAUCCGUAGCAUCAGACAGCAAUACCUUCCUCAAAACCACCAUCAACACCGCCGAACCGGAAGUAAAUCGCGAAAUCUCCGUUCAGGUGGACAGCACUGAACCCAUGACGCAUUUCACGUACCAAGUCAUUGGGCGUGGGGAUAUUAUUGUCUCCAAGACCGUAGAAGUUCCCUCAAGGACCUCGCAUACGUUUAAAUUCCUCGCUAGCUUUGCAAUGGUGCCAGAAGCAAAGCUAAUCGUCUACUUUGUCCGCUCCGACGGGGAGAUUGUCUCCGAUAGUCAACCAAUUAAAUUCCGUUCGAGUUUCCAGAACUUUGUCAAGCUGGAGCUGGAUAAGACUCAAGCUGGGCCAGGGGAUGACAUCUCAAUUGUCGUGAAUAGCAAACCAAAUUCCUUCGUGGGACUUUUGGGGGUGGAUCAGAGUGUUUUGCUGCUUAAAUCCGGCAAUGAUCUCAGCAAGGAUGACAUCUUCAAUGACUUAAGGAGCUAUCAAGAGGAAUCCUGGUACAAUCCUCACUAUCCCGUGUGGAGGAAGAAGAGAUUCAUUGCUCCAUGGCUUGUUCCCCAAUGGAGGGAUUUCAGUGACUCUGGAGCCGUUCUCUUGACAAAUGCUAAAGAAGAGGCGAGACGUGAGAUCACGAAGAGACUCCCACCCAUCACAACUGAGCCAUACCGUAGAAAUUUAGUGGAGGGUGUGACACGUAAGCGGACAGAUUUGGGUCCGGCGCACUUAUUCAAAUUGCACACACGUCCUCCACUUGCGGGCCCGUAUGCUUUCAGUCGCAUCCCACGGCCGGCGUGGAAUCAUCCACGUGUGUAUCUCAUGCAUGAUAUCCGGGAUACGUGGCUCUUUCUCAAUACCUCAUCGGGCUACGAAGGGAAGACGACGCUGCACAAAAAGGUCCCAGAUACGAUAACCUCUUGGGUUAUUACUGGCUUUGCCAUUGAUCCUCUAACAGGAUUCGGAAUGACACAGAACCCGAGAACACUGAAAGUUUUCCAACCUUUCUUCGUCUCAACGAAUUUGCCGUACUCCGUGAAGCGCGGGGAGGUAGUUUCAAUUCCAAUUGUUGUCUUCAACUACAUGGAGAGUGAUGUUAAUGCCGAAGUAACGCUUGAGAAUGUUAAUCAGGAAUUUGACUUUACGGAAGUUGCCAAUGAAGUUAAUCCUAGUCCAAAACUAGAACUCUACCGCAAGAAGAGAGUCUCAGUCCCGGCUAAUGGUGGCAAGGCCCUUUCCUUCAUGAUUACCCCAAAGAAGGUUGGACAGAUCACAAUUAAGGUCACAGCAACGUCUGCAGUUGCUGGGGAUGGUGUUGAACGAAUGCUCCUCGUUGAACCCGAAGGAGUUCCGCAAUUUAUGAGUAAAGCUGUCUUCAUGGAUCUCAAUAAGAAUCCCGAAGCAACGGCAAGUCUUCCCUUUGAAGUUCCCAAGAAUGCUGUACCUGAUUCCGUGCACGUUGAAGUAUCCGUUCUUGGGGAUCUUCUGGGAUCAACAAUUGAGAAUCUCGAUAAGUUAAUUCGUUUGCCCUUUGGCUGCGGGGAGCAGAAUAUGCUGAACUUUGUCCCGAAUAUUGUUGUUCUGAAUUAUCUGAAAAUUACGGGAAAACAAACGCCUGAGAUUGAGAAGAAGGCCCUCAAGUACAUGGAGUCUGGUUAUCAGAGAGAGCUCACGUACAAGCACAAGGAUGGAUCUUUCAGUGCUUUCGGGGAGAGUGAUAAGAGUGGCAGUACUUGGUUGACAGCCUUCGUGGCUAGAUCCUUCCGUCAAGCUAAGAAAUUCAUCUCAGUUGAGGAAGAUGUCAUCAUUAAUGCUCUCAACUGGCUGAGUGAUCAACAAGCUCCCAAUGGAAGCUUCCCCGAAGUUGGGCAUGUUUCCCACAAGGAUAUGCAGGGUGGAGCUGGAGAUGGUAUCGCCCUGACAGCCUACACACUCAUUACAUUCCUGGAGAAUCGCAAUGAUGUCCCCCGGCAUCAGAAUACAAUUAACAAGGCCAUGGAUUACAUUGUGAGGAAUCUCGAAGGACUCGAUGAUGUGUAUGCUCUAGCCCUGGCUACGUAUGCUCUGCAUAUUGCUCAGCAUAGUUCAAGGAGCAAUGCUCUGGGACUCCUGGAGGCUAAAGCAACAACUGAAGCUCAACAGAAGUGGUGGCAUAAACCCAUCCCUGAGGCGGAUAAGAAGAAUCCUUACUACUUCCAACCGAAUUCAGUUAAUGUUGAACUUACUUCGUACGCCUUGCUGACUUACUUGGAAGCAGGAAUUGUUGAGGACUCACUGCCACUCGUGAAAUGGCUCAUUGGGCAAAGGAACAGCGAAGGAGGCUUCCAAUCGACACAGGAUACAGUUGUGGGCAUUACAGCCCUGGCAAAGUUUGCUGAGAAGGUUUCCGGAGGAAGUGGAGGGGAUAGUGACCUAUCAAUGGAUGUAACAGCAGAAGAUGGUCAAAAAUCCAACAUCCGCGUAAACAGGGACAAUUCUCUCGUCCUGCAGAGUGUUAAACUUGCACCAACAGUCAGGAAUGUAACUGUGUCGGCAAAGGGAAAAGGUUUCGCCGUUGUACAGCUCUCCUAUCGCUACAAUCUCAAUGUAACCGGAGCCUGGCCACGCUUCACACUUGAUCCGCAAGUUAACAAGAACAGCAAUCAAGACUUCUUACACUUGUCCGUCUGUACGAGCUUCAUUCCCGAUGGGCCAGCUGGCAAUGAGUCCAACAUGGCUGUAAUGGAGGUGGCAUUCCCGAGUGGCUUUACGGCUGAUCUCGACACACUACCUUCGCUGCAGGCCUUGGAGAAAGUGAAGAAGGUCGAAACGAAGGAAGGAGACACCAAAGUUGUUCUCUACUUUGAUAAUCUCGACCGACAGGAGAGAUGCCCAACAUUGACUGCCUUCAGAACCUUCAAAGUUGCUCAUCAGAAGCCAGCUGCUGUAACAGUUUACGACUACUACGACAAUGCACGUCGCGCUAGGCAAUUCUAUUCAGCUAAUCCGGCAAGUUUGUGUGAUAUUUGCGAAGGAGACGACUGUGGGGACUCGUGCACGCCUAAAGCACAACAGCAGACAUCAGGACGUGAACCAGGAAGCCCCCUUGAUAAUCCUUCAGCUGUUGGCGCUGCAUCGGCCAUCCUCAAUUCCUUCGCUGUUCUCAUCGUCUGCUCAUUGCUUGCAAGAUUCCUGUAAAGGCCAAACUUUGGGAGACAACUUUUUUUUUACUAAUAUCUAGUUUACAAAAGGAAAACACAUCAGUUAAGUCUUGGACUGGAGUAUCCGUGCAUCAGAAGAAUUCCCUGUUGAUGAUGCCUGCAAAACGAGAAAACAAAGACGAGGAAAAAUUCGUUGCUUAAGCAAUAAAGAGGAUUUUGGAAACUUA